GUUAUGCUGUUUAAACUGCAACCUCUUUGCUAGAGCUACCUUGAAAAAAGUUUUCUAUGUAAAUGGGAUUCACCUGAAUAAAUAAAGGAUUAAUGGGAACAUAAUGUUGUGCCAAGGCAAAAAGAGAAAGCUUCCAGUAGGCUGAAGGUGCAGCCGAGUUGAACUGUGGCCCACUCCAUCCUUAUCAACUGCGGAUACUGUUGCCGGUGCCACCCAUCAUCGUGGUGCCACAACAUUGCCUUCUGGCAUGCUAUGAGAUGAGCUCCAUGGUGUCAUUUUGAGCCGCUAUGGGAAACCGCCUGUGCAGGAUACUAAAAAAACAAAGAGAAGAUACAAAUGGUUUGUCUGCUCAAGGUGAUAUGGGAACAGCCAUCGACAGGGAAAAUCGUGAUGGCAGGAAUUCAUCUGAAGAAGUCCUGUAUACCACCAUUGACCACAGCAAUGCAACAACCCAGAGGAAGAUGGAACAUGACAGUGAUGAUGGCUGUGACUACACUAUCAUAAAUGUGCCUUCUGGACCUGCUCGCAAGGCCUCCGUCAAAGAGGAGGGCACAGAUGACUAUGUUCUCAUGAGCUGAUUCCAGAGAUAAUACUCUAUAUUUCAAAAGGAAUUGACUGGCUGCUAUUCGGCACAUGUAUAUGGCGCACCAAUGUAUUGCUGUGUUGUAUUGCUGACUAUCUAUAGAUCUAACCACACAUUAUAAGAAUCUAGUGUUUGUAGAUGGUCUUUGUCAGAUUUUUUAGUCCAACUAAGGCCAAAAAAAGUGAAUCAGUCCCAAAUUUGUCUUGUGUCCAGAAAAUAAUAAGCAAUAACCACAAAGAAUAACCAUUUUCCAUUACAUUUUUUGUUGUAUUCACUGGAGAAAGAAAAAGUUGAUACGUAUGUUUCUGUAUUCUGAGAAACUUGUUCAAGAAAAUGACUGGGCAAUACAUUGCCAUUGUCUGGUUGACCACUUUGUGUGGUUACUAUGAAAUCAUGACAUCCAGAGAUCUUUUGCUUUAUGCAUUUUAAUGAUACACACCUGUAUGUACAGUAUAUGUAAUAAAUAUUAUAUACUUAGAUGCAAA